AUGCUGACUAGCCAUGCCACUAACAUCUACGCGAACUCAAAGGCCAGGCUUCAGAUCCGCGAGAUCGCUCGGCCGACGGUGACCGGUGUCUCGAGGUCAGGCGUUCUUCAGGAUGUCGCCUCUCCGCUCCCACGGCAGAUUCCGAGGCCAGCUCAACGUGCUGCGCGUCCUACUUCUGCUACGGCCACUUCAAGUGGGGUACCCACGGCGGACAGUGCCCGUGGCACGAAGAUCGUUGACAAUGUGUAUGACGUGAUUGUGGUUGGCGGUGGCCUCUCCGGGCUCGUUACGGGUCAAGCCCUCUCGGCGCAACAUGGUGUUAAUAACUUCCUCGUUACCGAGGCUCGCGAGCGCGUCGGCGGCAACAUUACGUCCAUGUCGGGCGAUGGCUACGUGUGGGAGGAAGGCCCAAACAGCUUCCAGCCAAAUGAUAGUAUGUUACAAGUAGCUGUGGAUGCCGGGGUGGAGAAGGACCUGGUGUUGGGAGACCCCAAGGCACCCCGAUUUGUGUACUGGCAGAACAAGCUCCGUCCCGUCCCCAGCGGCCCUGAUGCGCUCACCUUUGACCUCAUGUCCCUUCCGGGGAAGAUCCGAGCUGGUCUCGGAGCCAUUGGCCUGAUCAACGGAGCCAUGCCUAACUUUGAGGAGAGCGUGGAGCAGUUCAUCCGUCGGAACCUGGGUGACGAGGUGUUCGAGCGCCUCAUUGAGCCGUUCUGCUCGGGGGUGUACGCGGGAGAUCCAUCCAAGCUAUCCAUGAAGGCAGCGUUUAACAGGAUCUGGAUUUUGGAGAAGGACGGCAGCAGUCUGGUGGGGGGUGCGUUGAAGCUGUUUCAGGAGCGCCGCAAGAACCCGCCGCCACCUCGCGAUCCCCGCCUGCCGCCUAAACCCAAGGGCCAAACGGUGGGUUCUUUCCGUCUCGGUCUCAAGAUGUUGCCCGAGGCGAUUGAGCGGCGUAUCAAGGACCAAGUCAGGGUCAACUGGAAGCUGGUGUCGUUGACGCGCGACGGCGAUCGCUACAGCCUGGUGUACGACACGCCGGAGGGCCGAGUGCAAUGCUACAGCCGUGCGGUGGCGCUGACGGCACCGUCGUAUGUUGUGGCGGAUCUUAUCAAGGCUGAGGUGCCAGCCGCUGCGGAGGCUCUGUCCUCGUUCGACUACCCCCCGGUGGGGGCCGUCACUCUGAGCUACCCCCUGUCAGCCAUACGGGAUGAUCGGAAGGACGCGCAGGGCAACGUGCCGGGUUUCGGACAGCUCCACCCCCGCUCGCAGGGCGUGACGACUCUGGGCACCAUCUACAGCUCCUCCCUGUUCCCGGGUCGGGCUCCCCCGGGGCACAUGCUGCUGCUCAACUACAUCGGAGGGGCCACGAACCGAGGGAUAGUCAACCAGACGCAAGAGCAGCUUGUGGCGCAGGUGGACAAGGACUUGCGGUUGAUGGUGCUCAAGCCCGACGCGCCGGCUCCACGUGUGGUGGGCGUGCGGGUUUGGCCCCGUGCCAUUCCCCAGUUCAACAUCGGGCACUUGGAGCUGCUGGAUAAGGCCCGGGGGGCGCUGGAGGCCAAGGGCUGGAAUGGCGUCUUCCUUGGCGGGAACUACGUCUCGGGGGUUGCCUUGGGCAAGGUGGUGGAGUACGGGUACGAGAGCGCGGCCAAACUUGCAAAGCACCUCACAGCCGCUCAGAAGCAGGUGGCGGUGUAAGGUGGUCGUGGCGGGGCACAUGUGCAGCGGCCGUACUGCUGUAGUGGCACUCGAUGGAGUCGACUGAGGGCGGCAUCUGCGCAGCUGUGUAGCCGGAGCUGCCGCAGUAGCCGACGGUGCCAACAGCGCCCACGGGAUUGCCGAACCUGGCAAUGCCGUACCUAGCCGGUGCUGACGACACGGCUGGGGGACGGAUGGCAGCCGGUCACAAGCCGCAGCGUCCGGCUCUUCUUUUGCUAUCGUUCGCCGGGGCUUUCACGACGCCAGGCCCCAGGACGCAGUUUUUUGCAGAGGUGGAAGGGCGUCACAGUGGCAAUGGAGGGCGGCUGGGGGACGUGGCAGAGGGGGUGGGGUCGCGUGGCAUGGGCGGGACGAGGGCUCGUCUGCACUGUCUUUUGGGCGAGGCCCGGGCGCGAAGAGGACCCUGCUGUCGGUCAGUCAGCGUCGUGUCUCGUCUAUGUACUCGCAUGCUACGCCAAACUGAGAAUUAUAUUUAACAAUUUUCGAUUG